UACUAUAGCUUGUUUUGACAGAUGUCAUGUAAUUGUUCAAAUGAGUUUGUUUAAAAAAAGAUAUUGGAGACGAAAUAUAGUUUACAUGUUGUCAACAAUUUAAACCAAUUUGUUUUGCCCCAUAGUUGCGCAAGUAGACAAUGGACCUGAUCGGACAGCUCAGAGCCUCUGCUCUUUUCUGUCCAUAAGAAGAAACAUAGUUGCUUGCGCACGCGUCGGUUUAGUUUUGUAACAACUAACCCGUCCAUUCACUCGGUCCUGAUUUGAGUAGACUCUCACAGGUAGGCGGGAUUUUACCCGGACCAGCUCUAAAUACACCCGUAAUAGACACCCAAUGAAAUACACGGACCGUGAGAGUAAAGUGUGCAAUCUUGCUAUCAAAGUAACGCCCGCAGACUACACCACACACAGAGGAGACAGGGCGUAAGAUGAGACUCCUAUAAACCACUCAAGAAUCGUGUUCAGACCACUAUGAUGUGUGAGUCCUCCCUGAUGCGAUGCCUGCAGCUGUGUGUGUCCCUACUGAUGGUGGUCAGACUGCAUUGCAAGGUAACGGCUCCUGAGCGCGUGGAGGCCCCAGUGCAGCUCCCCUUCACUCUGUCCUGCAUGGUAUCCAAGGGGCGUGGGGACACCCUUAAACAGGUGCGCUGGCUGGAUGUCCAGAACAAGACUCUGUUGACCUACGAGCCCAGCCAGAAGGACAGCGUGAGCGGCCAGCAGCAUGUCGAGCUGGCCCCCUCCCCCAAGGACACCUCAGCCAUCACCAUCCGCAGGGUGGGCUUCAGAGACGAGGGCUGCUACACAUGCAUUUUUGACCUGUACCCGGCGGGAUCACAGGAGGGACACAUAUGCCUCACCGUCACAUCAUGUUCUUUCCCCCCUCCUCCAGCCCGUGUGACUGCAGAGGGUAACAAGACAGCGGUGAGUGGUAAGGCGGCAGCCCUGUCUUGCUCCUAUGGCCUGCCAGAGAAGGUACAGCAAGUGCUGUGGAGACAUACAGCAAAGCAGAGGGACUCGAGCAGAGUAGCCUCCUAUGCCAAAUACAGCGACCCCAUGAUCGAGCCACCCUACCAGGAGAGGGCCUGGCUGACCCCCUCCCUCUCCCACAGCCAGCUGUCCAUCAGACCAGUCAUCAUCCAGGAUGAGGGCUGCUACACCUGCGAGUACCACACCUACCCAGAGGGCACCAAGAGUGCUACCGUCUGCCUCACUGUCUUUGUACUGCCCAAACCCCAGGUGAGCUACAAGAGCACAUCUCCAGGGGUUAUUGAGGCCAACUGUACAGCUGUGUCCCGGCCCCCGGCGGAGAUAGUGUGGAACGUGGAGAGGGACAACCGAACUAUGGGACCCCCUGUGACAUCACAGCUCCAGCAGGGGGAUGGGACCACCCUGGUCAUCAGCACCCUCACUGUCCAAUCAGGGCUGCUGAAGGAUGUGUCCGUCAAAUGUCUCGUCCACCAUAAGGGUCUGGAGUCACCCAUCGCUGUUUCGAUGAACACCAAGAUUGGGACAGCUUUGACCAUCCUGAUCUCGGUGACCACUGUAGCUGCUCUGCUGGUCAUAAGUCUCUGCUUCUGCCUCUGGAAGUGUUUCUUGCGGAAAGAAGACGAUGGAGUCUAAAAGGAGGAAGUGAAACUCAGCCACUCAGCGACUGUUCCUCAACAUUCUACUGCACUUUCAGAAGUGAAGCAAGGCCCACCUCAAGGCGGCACAGAAUACAAUCUGUCGUGACCAACAUCACAGGGUCACUGAGAAACUGAAUCCAUCAACACAACAUCUUUUGUUUAGUAACAAUGGUUCGUAUACACGAGUUUGAAGUGUUUCAGAAUAGAAGUGCUGAUAUGCAUUCAGAUUUCCCUUUUAGAUCGUAAUGAAUUAGAUAAUUUUGACUGAGGAGACCUGAUUCUAGAUCUGCACACCCACUCAGACUAUUUUGUGAAUACUGGACAGUAUGAUCACCACAGAUCCUAACAGAACAGAUCUGAACCUAACCGUGUCCUCUGGCAACCCUAAUUGUUAUCCAUAUAUAUCAUGAAGUAUUUUGUUCUUGUAACUGCCUUGGUUUCAUUGUGCCAUUUUAAAGUAUGUUCCCAAGAUGAAUGUGGUUUUCACGACCUAAUGGACCGAGGUUGUGGGAAAACGCUGAAUGAAGUGAAAAUACAUUUUAGUAUUCAGUGAUCCUAAUGUCUUACGAUACACUGAAUGCAGAUGAGGAUAGUUAUUGUGUUGGAUUUUACACUUUAAUGUCCCACUUUAGACCACUGCAACGCAGCUCCUGUGGAAGACCUACCCUGUUUGAAUCCCCCAGAAUACAUUAUAUUGAUUCUACUCUUGAUUCUACUCUACUUGUACUCUUAAUUUAUCAUAGCCUCAUAGGCUAUCUGUAAUCUUUCAACCCCAGGGCCCAGAUUCACAAAACACUUCAAAAGCUAAACUUAAGAAGCUUCUUAAGAAAAAAAACAGGUUUGUUAGUACAAAUCCUCAAAUAUUUCUUAAGAUUCAUGCUUUUCUUACGAACGUCUCACAUCUUUUUAAGAUGAUUGUGGCUAAGCAACUGAACUAGCUCGCUAUCUUGCCGGCAAGGGCAAUUUUAUUAGCAUAUUUCUUACUGCGAUAACUGGAGAGAAAAUUGGGUGUGGGGGAUUUAAAAACAAUCAAUACUGGAACUUUCAGAUGAAGUUUGAGUCAAGUAAACAUGUUCAAUUGCUUUCAUUAUCUUAUUUUCUCAUUUCCAUCCAUUUAAGAGCAGGCUUUAGCUAUCUCGGAAUUAAGAACAUUUCCAAGAAGAAAUCCACUGACAAGAAUCACAUUUCUUAACAAUUUCCUUAGGAAGAAACUUAAGAACAUUUUCAAUAACUUUAUUAAGGAAUAGUAACUUUUUGUAUUUUUUUUCAGUAUAAAGUGAAGAAAAAAUUGCACUUAAGAAUACAUUUCUUUUAAAGAUUGUUUUGUGAAUCUGGGCCCAAAUCUCAGACCAACUGUAGAACUCUUACUCAGAACUGUAGCAGGGUUGGAGAGUGUGUGGUAGACUAUGGUCAGAUAACAUUAUUUUAUAGCCAUUUGAGGAUGAUUAAAUGUGGUUAUAAGUAAGAAUGUCAGCAUGUGUGUGUUUUCAGAUCAAUCAAUCAAAUGUAUUUAUAAAGCCCUUUUCACAUCA